UGGCAGAGCUGCCGUUGCCUUAACGAAACCUCAAAUAUUUUUAGCUAUAAAAACGAAAGCCCCAUGGCCCCAUAUUCAUAUAUUAGCUUUCAUUUUGUUGCAAAGACAGAAAUCCUUAGCCCAAGAUGCAAAUUUUCGUUAAGACCCUCACUGGCAAGACCAUAACUCUCGAGGUUGAGAGUUCAGAUACCAUAGACAAUGUUAAGGCCAAGAUUCAAGACAAGGAAGGCAUCCCACCAGACCAACAGAGGCUCAUCUUUGCGGGCAAACAGCUUGAAGAUGGCCGAACUUUGGCAGAUUACAACAUCCAAAAGGAGUCCACACUUCAUUUGGUGCUCCGUCUCCGUGGUGGGAUGCAAAUAUUUGUGAAGACUCUCACCGGAAAGACCAUCACUCUUGAGGUGGAGAGCUCUGAUACCAUCGACAAUGUAAAGGCUAAGAUUCAGGACAAAGAGGGCAUUCCACCAGACCAACAGAGGCUCAUCUUUGCUGGCAAACAGCUUGAAGAUGGCCGAACUUUGGCAGAUUACAACAUUCAGAAAGAGUCCACCCUCCAUUUGGUGCUUCGUCUCCGUGGUGGUAUGCAAAUCUUUGUCAAGACCCUCACAGGAAAGACCAUCACACUUGAGGUAGAGAGUUCUGACACCAUAGACAAUGUCAAGGCAAAGAUACAAGACAAAGAGGGCAUUCCACCAGACCAGCAAAGGUUGAUUUUUGCUGGAAAGCAGCUUGAAGAUGGACGAACCUUGGCCGAUUACAACAUUCAAAAGGAGUCAACUCUCCAUCUUGUUUUGCGUCUCCGUGGUGGUAUGCAGAUUUUUGUUAAGACCCUCACAGGCAAAACUAUUACUUUGGAGGUUGAGAGCUCAGACACAAUCGACAAUGUAAAGGCCAAGAUACAGGAUAAGGAGGGUAUUCCCCCAGACCAGCAAAGAUUGAUUUUUGCUGGAAAGCAGCUUGAAGAUGGUCGGACUCUGGCUGAUUACAAUAUCCAGAAAGAGUCCACUCUCCACCUUGUUCUUCGAUUGAGGGGAGGUAUGCAGAUUUUCGUGAAGACACUUACAGGCAAGACAAUUACUUUGGAGGUUGAGAGCUCAGACACAAUUGACAAUGUGAAGGCUAAGAUACAGGACAAGGAGGGUAUCCCCCCAGACCAGCAAAGGUUGAUUUUUGCUGGAAAGCAGCUUGAAGAUGGCCGAACCUUGGCCGAUUACAACAUUCAGAAGGAAUCCACCCUUCACCUUGUCCUUCGUUUGAGGGGAGGUAUGCAGAUCUUUGUGAAGACUUUGACAGGAAAGACCAUUACUUUGGAGGUAGAAAGUUCAGACACAAUCGAUAAUGUCAAAGCAAAAAUACAGGACAAGGAAGGAAUCCCACCAGAUCAGCAGAGGUUGAUCUUUGCUGGGAAGCAAUUGGAGGAUGGAAGGACCCUUGCUGACUAUAACAUUCAGAAGGAGUCUACUCUCCACCUUGUAUUGCGUCUUCGUGGUGGGUUUUAAGUAUGUAAAUGUUGCGUAGCGGUCUGUUAAUGUUGAAAGUUCUAUAGGUCUUUGGUGUUUAAUGUAAACUUGUUAUGGCAAGGGGUCUUGAUUUCGUAAUGGCCCUUGAAAAACUAUCGCGUGUUCUGGUUUUUUUUUAUGGUUCUGUUCUAGUAUACUCAAUGAAUGUGAACAAUUUACUUCCAUUCUAAUACUUAAGUGCUCUUAGUUGGUUUAACUGAA